AUGGUGGGACUAUGGGAAUCAAUCCCAUUCUCAGACCCUCGUUGGAGUAUACAUUUCUCUAAUCCGAUCUCUCAACCACAUAAGGAAGGUAUCGUCCAAGCGGUCGACCGAGUCUCUGAUGAUUCGUCUGAAUGGGGUUCAACAGUGGACAGAAAGUCAUUGGGAGGUAAGAUACAAGUGAGUGAAGAUGGUAAACAAGUCAUAAUCACCACUUUACCUGAAAGUGAUUGGUGGAGAACUCCGGAGGUUGAUAGUGCUUCUGGAUUAGUUUGGGGCUACAAAAGAGCGACAGGGGAAGGGUUUGAGAUUAUGAGGUUCAACGAUCAAGCUUGUCUCUUUUUCUACUUGAACAACCAUCAAUGGGUCAAAGCCGGUCAGGAAUAUGAUAAUGAGGUUUUAUGGGACGGAGUGGUAAUUACUAAUCCUUUUUCUGAUUGGUCCAUACAACCGCGGUCGGGAAGUAAUACAUAUACCAUCUCAUAUUCUCCUCCUAUCCUCCGUGUGUUCCGUGGAGAGGACAUGAUCCGCGAGGUUAGAUCUUUCACUUCGUCACGGUCGAAAGUAGUGAGCCGGGGUGAAAGUGGGGAGUACCAAACUAGUGGUAAAGAAGAGGGAGUGGGCGAGGGAGGGGGAGGGGGAAAGGGGGAAGAGGAAGUUAUAGUGGGUGUAAUGGGAUGUUCACCCAAGGGAGGAGGAGUGAAAGCUGUUUUUAGUGAAUUCAAAAUGAGAGAAGGGGUUAGGGAAGUGUGA